CUUUGCUCUUUUCUUUCUUCAGAUGCGUUACUGUUCCUGUAGAGACUUUGUUGCUUCACCUCAGGCCUAUGUGACUCUGGUGGAAGGAUCAUGACCGAAGUCUUCUUCUCUGCUGCUUUGAAUGGAACUGAACCCAACCUGUUAUCCAGCAGCGGCUGGUCUGCGGGAAACGCCACCACCAAGUGUUCCCUGACCAAAACUGGCUUCCAGUUCUAUUACCUGCCCACCGUCUACAUUCUGGUCUUCAUCACUGGGUUUCUGGGAAACAGUGUGGCCAUCUGGAUGUUUGUCUUCCACAUGAGGCCUUGGAGCGGCAUCUCGGUUUACAUGUUCAACUUGGCGCUAGCUGAUUUCUUGUAUGUCUUGACUCUGCCUGCCCUCAUCUUUUACUACUUCAAUAAAACAGACUGGAUCUUUGGAGAUAUCAUGUGCAAGCUGCAGAGGUUCAUCUUCCAUGUGAACCUGUACGGCAGUAUUUUGUUUCUAACUUGCAUAAGUGUGCACAGGUACACGGGAGUGGUGCACCCCUUGAAGUCGCUGGGGAGGCUGAAGAAGAAGAACGCGGUGUACAUCAGCACCUUGGUCUGGGUCAUUGUGGUGGCCGUGAUUUCUCCAAUACUCUUCUACUCGGGAACGGGGAUAAGGAGAAAUAAAACCACGACGUGCUACGACACAACAGCCGAUGAUUACCUGAGAAGUUACUUUAUUUACAGCAUGUGCACCACAGUGCUUAUGUUCUGCAUCCCGUUCAUACUGAUUCUUGGUUGCUAUGGGCUCAUUGUGAAAGCUUUGAUUUACAAAGAUUUGGACAAUUCUCCUCUCAGGAGAAAGUCGAUUUACCUGGUUAUUAUUGUGUUGACAGUCUUUGCUGUGUCUUACCUUCCCUUCCACGUGAUGAAGACCUUAAAUCUAAGAGCCAGGGUGGAUUUUCAGACUCCACAAAUGUGUGCCUUCAACGAUAAGGUUUAUGCCACUUACCAAGUGACAAGGGGUCUGGCCAGCCUCAACAGCUGCGUCGACCCUAUCCUUUACUUUCUGGCAGGUGAUACCUUUCGAAGGCGGCUUUCCAGGGCGACCAGGAAAUCGUCCAGAAGAAGUGAACACAACGUGCAGUCCAAAAGUGAGGAAAUGACUCUCAAUAUUUUAUCUGAGUAUAAACAGAACGGAGAUACGAGUUUGUGAACGAAUGCAAAAGAUUUGGGAACCGUUUGGAAAAAUCCACUGCUUUGAGACAGUAGGACACUGUAGUGCUACAAGUGCGUGAGGAAAAUCUACCAGUCUCUCAAAUUCGUUUUAGAUUACGAUGGUUGUUCAUGAAAAAUCUGGACCCCAUUAAAGGCAAAUUGGCUUCCAGGUGAACUGACACCUCAGCCACUGGCAGCUAAGCAGGUGCCUGCUUUGCACUUGCACGUAGUGCGUUCCGUGAACAGAUGUCGGCGUGCAAAUGCGUGCGGAGGUGAUUUGGUUCUGGGCAGCUGAUGGUCCGAUCCUGCCUUCCAUGCUGAGGAAAACUGGCGGGUUGUCAGCCGGAGGAACCGCGGGACGGGGCUGAGCACGGACUGGGCUUGCCUGGGGAGCGCCUGCGCGAGCUCGGUGGAGCCAUGGGCACUCGCCCUUCCCAAAGGCUGACCAACAUCUCGCUGCAGCGCGAACGCUUGACUGCCGGUGUUGGGAGCCUUGCUGGAGUUCUUUACGGGUAAAACAUGAGAAAUGUGUGCGCUGAAAAUAACUGUACCUUUCAGAGAAGUAAAACUACAGUUGCUCGAGUUACUUGCGUUUUCAUUUGGUACGAGAAUAUUUCUGUUCCUGGCAAUCUUUAGAGAUAACAUAAGAGUUGUUUCCCAAGAAAAUAAUUAUUAAAAUGGGUAAUAUAAAUGGAUUAUAUAUUGUAUAUAUAUAAAAAAAUAACUGGGGGGAAUUAAUUUUUUUGUACUGUGACAAAUAAAUUACUGUAUUAACAAGAUGUUACAAUAUACUACAGACUAAAUCCGGCCCUUUAUUAUAGAUCUUCUUCAAAUGUGGAAUAGGUCAUCCAAAAUUAGCCAAACUGCAAUAUUGUGUAACACAAGAGCUAGUGAUCAGAGCACAGAUGAAAUCUUACAUGGGCAGUCUUACUCAUUUCUCAUAUUUUUAAGAAAUGUAUUUGAAAAUAUUGUGUGCUAAAAAUGGUACAAAAGCAUGCUCUAAAUUAUAAAUUUAGUGUACAAAAUUAAGUUCUAUGUAAUCCUGAGGGUGAUUUUAACAGAUCUUCGUUCCUCCAGUCUUCAUAGUAAGAGUAAAAUAUUUAUAUUUUACUUACGAUUUCCAGUGAUUGGUAACAAACAAGAAUAGCUCUAGUUAUUUUUUGACAACAUUGUAAAGCAGCUUCUGUUCACACGUACAGCUUCUUCAUCUGCAAAAUCCCUAUUUAUUGAACUUAUUUAUUAGAAAGCUAAAUGUAAAGUAUGUAAAGUGUGGUUCUCCGUAUUCAUAUUCAGAAUUGGGCAUUAAUGGAAAAUUUAACAGCAUGUUUCAAUCACUGUAAUACUGUGUCUUCUAGCAGAAUAUCUUUAUAAUAAACUCAAUUCCACCCUGAC